CGCCUUCACCUUUCAAUAUCCGAUUUUAUCUUUUCAUUUCUUCUGUGCUCCAACACAUCUUACACAUCUAUCCCUAUUGCCAAAAUUUCACAUUCACCUAACAUCCAUCCAACACUACACUUGCUAACCGGUACAGAGCUGGCCAGCAAUCGGCGCCAUGUUGAGGGUCUAAUGAAUCAACUUGAGUUGGCAACCAAGGAGUUACACUUGGCACAUAAUGCCUAUGUGAUUAGCUCGCAUCUGGGCCAGCACUUCUUCGCUUGGUGCUCCGGCCAAAUGAGACCCUGUCUGUUAGCCGGCAUACUUAGGACCCUUCGGCUGGCCUCUUCGGCAACGUAA